UCUGGUCUGUGUAUGUGUACACACACUCAUUCAUAACAUGUGCUGUUACCAGUCCUUUGUGUCCCGGGGUAGUGACUCUUAGUCCUCUGGAUUUAUACUUUCUAACACUUCCGACUCCCAGGAACAUCCAAUUCCACGUUUUCUGGUGUGUGGGAUCACUUAUCUCGUAAUUGUGCCACAUUUUAAAAUUUUGAACUGUCUUUGUUCGGAGAUUGGCGGCUACCUGUAUUUUAUCACCUGUUGUGGAUCCUACGGGUGAAUUAGUGUGAUAUUCCUCUCAUCGUUUUGUUUCAGUUUUUAUUGAAAAAUCGAAGAAAGUAUCUUCACUUUUUGGUGACAACUUGGAAUAUCACUGUCAUACUGGAUUAGUGUGAAGAAAGUACACAUGUGCAGUACACACAAGACUAGAUGAAGACUGUGACUAUGGAUGCCAUGCUGCUAGUACGGACAUUUGUGUGUGCCUUGUGGUUGGUUCAGAUGGCCAACGCCAUGCACAUUGUGCAUACGUUUCGAGAUCUACACAAAGACACCACUUUACAAAACUUAAAAGUCAAUAAAAAUUCUGGGGAUGUUUUUGUUGGCGCUACAAAUGCAUUAUAUCGUUUUACUUCCGAUCUUAGUUCAUUUCAAAAGGUUGCCAUGGGACCAAGGGUAGACAACCCACACUGUCCUCCCCCGCAUUUACCUUGUAACGAUACAAAGAAGUCCACCAACAGUUUCUCUGAAGGAAUCGCCAUUGAUUACGAGGAUAAUACUCUGAUUUCUUGCAUUAGUUUGUUUCAUGGAAUAUGUCAAGUUCGCCAACUGCAAAAUAUUUCUUUGAUUGUGAAGGAAUUGUUUAAGCCAUCCGUCCCAAAUAACCCAGUGAAGUCUAGUCUUGUUUUCAUUGCUCCGGGUGUUGAGAACAAGAAUGCCUUGUACAUUGGGGCAGCGUACAGCAACCUUGGGCAACAGGCAAUAUCGUGCCCUAGUUCCUCACAUUAGUAGCAGAAAUCUGAAGACACUUGAAUUUUCCUAUGAGGAUUCAUUGGGUGGAACCAGGAUCAGUAUCAUACCGGAGGCCAGAUUGGAUAUUCCUGUUGAGUUCCUGUACGGAUUUCCUUACGGAGGCUUUAUUUACUUCAUCACGCGUCAAUAUAAGUCAGCCAUAGAGUAUAUGUUUGUUACCAAAGUAAUUCGAAUUUGUCAGCAUGAUAAAUUUUUCAGUUCCUACACAGAAAUUGAGCUUACUUGUCAACCUGAAUAUAACUUUGCUAGAGGUGCUUACUUUGAUGAAUCGACAGAGAAACUUUACGUUGUGUUUGAGAAUAAUGAGUUUGACAUGGAUGGACCAUCAGCAGUAUGUGGAUACAACAUGGCAGAAACUGACCGCCUCUUUAACCUUACAGUAGAGGAGUGCUUCAAUGGCGAUGGAAAUCUUGGACCAUCCCACAUCCGAGAACCUAUUCCUUGCCCUCCUAAGACUGGAGAAACUAACUACUGUGGAAACACGACCGACAGCAAACGGUAUGGUCCCAUCCAGGGUCGAAACCCUAUCUUCCAGACACCUAUUAUUGAAUUUCCUCACACUGUUCUCACCUCUGUGGCUGUCACAUCAAAAAAUAACAAUGUCCUUCUUUUCCUGGGUACCAAGGAUGGUACUCUGAAAAAGGUGAUCCAGUCCCCAGGCAACAUUGUGUCUGUAGUCCAGUCACAAGGUACGUAA